CAUUUACCUAGCAUCACGUGGGGCGUUGCCUUACUUUCGUGUAUCUAUGAUCAGUCAACAAAGAAUUAUAUCGCCCAGUAACAAACCUUACAGCAUUCGAUAAAUUCCCAAAGCCAUGGCCGAGAGAGUGACGACAAAAGAAGCUCUCAAGAAACUCGAUGCUCAACUUGAAUGCUCCCUUUGUCUCGACACUUUCAAGCAACCGAAACUCUUGCCUUGUUUUCACGUAUUUUGCAAGUCCCCAUGUCUGGAGAAACUAGUGACCAAGGAUGGAUGCUCCCUCACUUGUCCCACCUGUCGACACAUCGUCCCACUAUCGGAGAGGGGAGUGGCUGGACUGCAAUCAGACUUUCACAUCGACCACUUGUUUGAGAUACAAGAUGCUUUCAACAAAGCUGAAGACGACAAUGAUACAAACUGUGGCAGCUGUGAGGAUGGCAAAGCCACUGGGUACUGUAACGAUUGUGGGGACUUUUUAUGUGACGAAUGUCAAACUGCUCACAAGAGACUCAAAUACACAAGGAAUCAUAAACUAAUUUCGCUGGAUGAACUCAAAGCUCAAGUGACUAGCCUGGUUCCCCCCAAGAAAGCCGUCCCCCAUUGCUCCAAACAUUCGGAGAAUGCCCUCAAGAUAUACUGUGAUACUUGCUCCACUCUCAUUUGCAUGGACUGCACCAUUCGUCUCCACAAAGACCACAACUACGACCUGGUGGCUGAUGUGCUGACCAAGCACAAAGAAGAACUUCUCUCCAGUCUCAAUCCAGUCAAAGAGAAGCUAGACAGUGUACAACGAGCUCUGAAGGACUUUGACACAAGAGCCAAGGCAAUCCACAAUCAGAGGGCCGCGAUUGAAGCCAACAUCCACAAGGAGAUUGACGAACAACAUCGAUUGUUAGAUCAACGAAGGGCAGUGCUUGUAGGAAAGCUAGAGAUGCUGACUCAGCAGAAACUGAAGGAUCUGGCGGCACAAAGGGACCAAGUGGAGAUCACUCAGGUGAAACUGACCAGCUGUCUGGAGUACGCUGAGGGGGGUCUCAAAACAGGCACAAACGGUGAAGUACUCGAAAUGAAAACUUCCGUUCUCAAGAGAGUCAAACAAAUUUCUACUGAAUUCGAUCGAAACACAAUUCAGCCAGAAACAAAGGCUGACAUAGAAAUGAUCACAAAAGGAAAAGAACCUCUCCAACAAGCUUGCCGAGAUUUCCUAGAGAUUGAUCACAGUGGAUCAUUCAGCUUAGAGAAUAACCACAUAACAGGAGAUGGUCUGAAAGGUGCUACAACUGGAGAAACAAAAACUGUAUCCUUUCAAGCAAAAACCAGAAAUGUCAAACGCAAACUCGACCUCAAAGCUGAACUCGUGCGUUUGGAGAGCAAAGAUAUAUUGAAAUGUGAAGUGAUCGAUCAACAACACGGCCAACACAAGAUCAACUAUCGCCCAAUGAAACGAGGAAAGCAUGAACUACACAUCACAGUCAAUGAGGACGCAGUACGAGGCAGUCCAUUCCCAAUAGCUGUAGCCCCAUCACCACAGAGCUUCGUCAAGCCUUCCCGAGUUGUACGAGGUGUGAACAGCCCACGAGGCACUGUCUACAACAGUAAGGGACAGUUGGUUGUUGUUGAAAGUGGUGGAGCUACUGUCUCUGUAUUGACACCAGAGGGUGAGAAGAUACGAACGUUUGGGCAGCUGAAUAAUGCAUUUGGAGUGACUGUGGACAAAGACGACCAAAUUUAUGUAGUGGAGUAUGCCAAUCAUCGUGUGAAUAAGUUCUCGUUCGACGGAGAGUUUGUGGCAGCCGUUGGUAGUUCAGGCAGUGGUAACCUUCAGUUUAGUAACCCAUUUGGUAUCUGUUAUAACAGAAAAGACAACAACCUGUAUGUUCCUGAUCAGUGUAACCACAGAAUACAAGUGCUCUCUACUGAACUGAAGUUCGUACGAUGUUUCGGCACACCUGGCAAUGGGAACGGACAUUUAAAGCAACCACUGUAUGCUACAUUUGAUAGUGCCAACAACCUCUAUGUGACUGAGUUUGCUAACAAUCGAGUACAAGUCUUCACUGCCGAAGGUCAAUUCCUGAGAACCUUCUCACAAAAAGCCAAUGGUCAGAAGUUGAGCUCACCCUAUGCCAUAGCCAUCGACAGCAGUGACACAGUCUACGUCAGUGAGAAUGGACCGAAUCAUGUGAGUGUGUUCACAUCUCAGGGAGCCUACAUCACCACGUUUGGUGGGUUAGGAACGAAAGAGGGACAGUUUAAUGGCAUUUAUGGAUUCGCUAUUGAUUGCAAUGACUCUAUUGCUGUAUCUGAUAUGAACAACGGGCGACUGCAGAUAUUUUAGAUACUGCAGUCAAGCCAAGAACUUAAAGUGACUGUGUUUGUGGACUGUGUUUGUAGGUUUAAUAGCGUUAAUAAUGUUUAGCUGCGUUGUAAUUAAUUUGUGUUCUAUUUUGAAGUAUGUAUAUAAAUGUUACAAAGUUUAUUGCUAUGUUUGUAGCCAUGUUCCUAUGUUCCUAUCGAACUUGGACCAUGUUUGUAGCUUGAAUAAGUGCACUUGCAGCGUAUUUUGAAAUCCAAUUUUGUUCUCGUUAUCAGCUGUAUGAUUUUUUGUGAAUGU